CCCACCCCCCCCCCUUCACCUGGCUCUUAAAGGGCCGGCCCCUGACCCACGGCUACUUAAGGCAGAGGGGCGGCAACGGGCAGCAGCUGCUCUACGACUGCUCUGAAAGGAGUGGACGGGGCAAAAAUCCUGACGAUGACCCCCUACAGGCUACUGCCACCACUGCUGCUGCUAACUCUGCUGCUUGCUGCCCGCCCAACAGGCGCCUUGGCGCAGUGCCCAGGCUGCGGGCAGGGGAUGCAGGCGGGAUGUUCUGGGGGCUGCGCGCAAGAGGAUGAGGGACAGCCGGCGGAGGGCUGUGAAGAAACCGGGGGCUGUCUCAGGAGAGAGGGGCAGCAGUGUGGGGUCUACACCCCUAACUGCGCCGCGGGACUACAGUGCCAGCCGCACAAGGAUGAGGAGGCGCCUUUGCGAGCGUUGCUCCUGGGCAGGGGCCGCUGCAGCCCGGCCCGGGCAGCCGCUGAGAAUCCGAAGGAGAGUAAACCCCAAGGAGGCACCACUCAUCCACAGGACGUGAACCGCAGAGACCACCAGAAGAAUCCAGGGACCUCCACCACUCCUGCUCGACACAAUCCUGGGGGUGUCCAAGAAACUGAGAUGGGCCCCUGCCGCAGACACCUGGACUCAGUGCUACAGCAACUCCAGACUGAAGUCUUCAGAGGGUCUCACACCCUCUAUGUACCAAAUUGUGACCAUCGAGGCUUCUAUCGGAAGCGGCAGUGUCGUUCCUCCCAGGGACAGCGCCGAGGCCCCUGCUGGUGUGUGGAUCGGAUGGGCCAGCCUCUACCUGGGUCUCCAGAUGGCAAUGGAAGCUCCCUCUGUCACACAGGGGGCAGUGGCUAAAGCAGGGUGGGGAGCAGCAGGGCCAGUGGCAGGAGCGUGGGGCUGUCAUCUUGGGUUAUUAAGUGAUAAGUAACUCAGGGGCUUUGAGUCCCGCCAUACACCUUCAGGCCCUGUGUCAUUGUCCCCCUCACUCCUGGGUCCUAUUUCACAUCAAGUUGAAAUAAUUGUUGGUAUCAGCCUGGGAGGUUAAUAAAGCUGAAUUGGGGGUCUC